AUGGCAGAUGAUAGUGAUGCGGCUGACAACUGGGAGGCUCUGGAUGAUCAUACGGAACUAAAUAAGCAGUUAGAAAAAUUAGUAAGCAAAGUUGAGGAGCAGAAAAUAAAUAAUGCAUUUGAUCAAUCUUCCUUCUCUUCCACCACGGCAACAAUCUUGACAACGAACAAACCAGCCAUCCGAAUUCUUAGAAGAGAUACAACUCAGAGUCAGUCUACGCCAUCAUUAAAGUCUAUGGUUGCCAGCAAGCCUGUUCGUACAAUUGAAGAAAGAGAAGCCGCAUAUGCAAAGGCGAGAUUGAGGAUCAUGGGGUCAGCUGAUGACACCUACCCCUCCGAUGGUCUUGAAGGAUCAGCAGUCAAUUCAUCUGGCACAACCCUGGCAUCCAAUAAAAAUUGUAUCAAAAACACCUGUACAAAUACUAAACCGUUGUCGUCGUCAUCAUCAUCCACGUCUGUUAAUUCUAAAAAACAAAAUCCUAAUUUGCUGAGGUAA